GAUAUGAUCAUAUUGAGAUACAAGAGUUCUUCAGUGUGGCCGCAGCUUCCCCCUGUUUUUUUGGUGCCCAGGUGAUGCUGGAUCCAUCCUCAAGACUCUGAUACCGGCGGGUAGCAUCUCCAUGAUCUGCAUCAACUUCCCCGAGCCUCCGCAAACGAGCCGAAACGUGUCUCGAUGGCAGCUGAUCCGUCACCUGGGGGCUUGGACAUGUGUUAUUUAAGUUAUUUUCGAGGUUUUUCUUGGGCCGGAAACUCGACGAAUUACACUUACUGUACAUGAAUUGACACAUGACAUGAAUUGUAGAAUUUUAUGAUGUUUUUUUCGGUGACCUUUAUCCACUAACAGUUGUGUUUGGACAGGAUCCACGUGGUUUUGUACCUGAGGAUCCAAGGAUCCACUCCCAGGGAGCGACGAGUUUUUCGGCACGAAUCUUUAAGGCUUGUUGUGAUGACGCGGAAUCCUCACUUCACCUCUUGACCUCGGAGUUUUUCAUGGAUGCACAUGCUGCGCUUUCAUGUGAAGGGGUCCUGACGAUUUUUUCCGACAACGAGGAGUACAUGCGUUCGUUGGCUCGAACCAUUGGAACGCUGCGCAACGGCCGCGGAUCCGGGGCUUCUCGAUGCUUCGAGCCGCUGGCAGACGUGCCUGCGGAGCAUUUGGAGAACGCCGAGGAGAUGUGUGGGCUGCUGAUUUGCAAGGGCUGUCCCACAGUUGAAGCAGGGCAUUUGGUGCAGGCCACUUCCCAGUUUGAUCGUUUUUUUCAACAUGGCCAACACGUCGAUCGCUUCUACCUCGCUGUGUGCAAGGUAGAGCUUUGAGAGCUCUGAUGCCAUCCUGAAGCCUCCUAAUGUAAGCAUCGCAAUAGAAAC